AUGCCGGAACAAACGAAGCCAGCGCCCAAGAAGGGCUCCAAGAAGGCGGUGUCCAAAGCUGUAAAGGGCGGCAAGAAGAAGAAAAGAUCUAGGAAGCAGAGCUACGCCAUCUACGUGCACAAGGUGCUGAAGCAGGUCCACCCAGACACCGGCAUCUCCACCAAGGCCAUGAAUAUCAUGAACUCGUUCGUCAACGACAUCUUCGAGCGGAUCGCCGGCGAGGCCUCUCAGCUGGUUCAGCACAACAAGCGCUCCACCAUCACCUCCAGGGAGAUCCAGACAGCAGUCAGACUGCUGCUUCCCGGUGAGCUGGCCAAGCACGCCGUGUCCGAGGGCACCAAGGCCGUCACCAAGUACACCAGCUCCAAGUAAAGCUUCACUGCUCAACACCAAUACAACGGCUCUUUUAAGAGCCACACACGUCAUCUGCAGAGCUGCUGGUCCACAUUUACUGUAAGUUGUGAGGUGUUGGUAGAGUUUAAGACGCAGUAAGGGAGCAAGAUAUUAAUGGAAAACACUGUCGUUUAAUGUGUAAAAAUGUUCCUAUAAGUACUUUAUCAGAAGAUAAAACUACAAUAUUCAGGAAAUAAACACUGAGUGACAGAAUGGUGAUACAGCAGCAAGGAGGAAAUGCUGAAAAGUGACGCUCUGGUAAAAUGUAUCAUGAAUUAAAAGUUAAUAUCUGGGCUGUAAACCGUCCUUUGUCUAAGAAAAAGUUUAAAAUUAGCUAAAUUUCAUGUUAUUCUCUGUGAGAAAGUGACAUUAAUAAAUAACCUCACUGCAGUGACAAAUCAAUAAAUGCUCAUACAAGCAGAUAAAAGACAUUUAAUUGCACAAACUAAAACCAGUAAUUAGUGAGCGCAUGAAAACUUCCUGAUAAAUGAGUUUUAUUCAUUUCAGAGUGAAGCUAAUUCAUUACAGGAGACGAAAACAGAAACAUAGAAAAUCAGAUUGAAAUAACAGCUGACUGUGGGUAAAAACAUUUAUUCAUCUAUUCUGUGAUCAAAA